CUUUCUGUCCCUCCUGGCUCUCCGUAGUGGCGGUUACUGUGGGACCCAGCGGCUCAAAUUAUAAACCAGCUUUAAUAAGAGCGAUUCAAUCGUCUUUCUGGGCGUUGCCAUGGAGGAGGUGACCCGGCUGGUGUCCACAGGGGACUGUGUGAAGAUAUGGGAUGCGGUUUCCAUGGCGCCCCUGCAGCAGUUCAACCCUCACAGCAUCAGCCACCCGGUGGCCCAGGCCUGCUGGAGCUCCAACAACCAGUACCUGGUCAGCGCCAGCAGCAUCGGAGACAAACUGGUGGUUUCCAGUCUCAAGUCGUCUCCUCUUCCGGUGGUUGAAUUGGGUGAAGGGAAAAAGCAGACGCGUGUGUGUCUGAGUUCGUCAUCUCAGUUCCUGGCGAGUGGCGGUCUGGAUAACUGUGUUCACAUCUGGGACCUGAAGACCAAGAGACUUCACCGCUCUCUCAAGGACCAUAAGGACGAGGUGACCUGCGUUUCCUUCAACGCCAACGACAGCUGCAUUGCGUCAGGCUCUACCAGCGGAGAUCUGGUGCUUCACAGUCUCACCACCAACUUGUCCAGCAAAGCCUUCGGCCACGGCAGCAACCAGCCCAUCCACGACCUGAGGCUGUCCAUGCUGAAGCGCUCCCUGUUGGGCAGCGUGUCCGACAGUGGCACCCUGGUCCUGUGGGACUCCAACACCCAGAAGGAGCUGCACGUGUUUGACGGGGCCCACAAGGCACCGGGCUCUGGCCUGGCCUUCUCCCCGAUCAGCGAGCUGCUGCUGGUCAGCGUCGGUCUGGACAAGAAGAUCAUCUGCUACGACAGCGCCAGCAAGAUCGUGCUACGGAGCAUCCGGGUGGAGUCUCCUCUGACUGCGGUGGACUUCUCUCUUGAUGGCACCGGUCUCGUGGUUGGAUCCACACAGGGAAAGAUCUACCACUACGACCUGAGGAACUCCAGCGCCCCCACCAAGAUCACUGUAGCACAUAAAACCUCUGUCACCUCCCUGCGCUUCCAGAGCAACACCAGCAGACACAACAAGUCCAGUAAACUGAGCUCCACCAAAAUUUCCAGCACUAAGAGAGUCUCCAACAAGCUGCCCAGCAGCCAGACGAGCCCUGCCCUCGGAACAGGCCCCGCCCCCCCCAGGCAGGCACCAAGUACAGCAGGGGGUGCUGGUGUAGAGUCUUUGUUCAGGGAGGCUGAAGGCCAGCAGGGGGCAGAGCCACUUCCUGUUCCAGAGAAGUUCUCUUUUGGAAGAAACAGUCUGGACUUCUUCUCCCCUGUCAGAGAAGCAACCAGUGUGGACACGUUGUCCAGAGAUGGGGAAGGUCAGCCGGUGGUCCGUCGGGGCAGCCUGGAUGUCUUCUCUCCAGUCCGAGAUGACUCUUACUCAGGUGCCCCCCCGCACCGUAAGACACCCUUGGGAACGCCCCUGGGAACCUCCGGGACACGAUGCUACAGCCCUCUGUCCGUCUUCCAGACGCCCCCGCCAAUCAAAGAGGAGGAACCAGUCCCUGCUGCAGCAGCUGAACCAUGUGACUCCAGAAAGCUGGACAAGGCCAGCGGGUCCAGCCUUGAGGGAGAGGGUCAGACCACGCCCACCUCGUCCCAACAGACCAAUGACAGCCAGCCGGCCCCGCCCUUCUUUACCCCAGAGCCCAGUCUCAGGAGGGCCAAUGGCAUUCAUCCUCAGCUGAGCUAUGAUACACCUGUUCACGGAGCCCCGCCCACAUCCACAGCAGGUCCAUCUCUGGCGGCCGCGGUGUCCAACUCUCUCUCUCACAACAUUGCAGACGUGGUCGGACAGGGAGGAGCAGCUCCUCUCACGUCCCUCCAGAUCCACUUCAUCCAGAACAUGAUCCAUGAAACCCUGGAGGACUUCAGGGAUGCCUGUCACAGAGACAUCAUCAACCUGCAGGUGGAGAUGGUCCGACAGUUUUACAUCCAGCUGAAUGAGAUCCACGGUCUGAUAGAGAGAUACUCUGUGAACGAGUCUCUGGUGGAGGAGAUUGAGAAGCUCAGAGAGGAGAACCGAAGGCUGAAGACCAACUUCUGACCCCCUGGAGGCCGGACGUGCCCACCUGGAGCCUUAACCACCAGACUGACCCUCUCUGCAGCCGGAGCAGAAAAAAACUGCCUCCCUAACCCCACUACUCAUCCAGCUCCCUGCCAUCCUCAGUGCCUCCUGCCAGGAAACCAGGAAAAACUGCUGGAUACUGCUUCUCUUUACUCAAAGAUUUUGUAUCAGACUGAAUACCAACAGUGCCCUCUGGUGCUGAGGAGAAAUACAGCAUCAUAAUGUGUGUGUGUAUGUGUGAGUGUGAGUGUGAGAGUGUGAGAUAUUGAGGUUUGCAUUUUGUAGCUGGAGGCCUUAGGCAUAUGAGUUGUAUAGCAAAGGAUAAUAAAAUAUAAACAGCCCUCUAAAUGGGAUGAAAAUGUAUUUUCCGACUGAUGUAAUAAAAAGAAAAUGUUACAGCACAUAAUAAAUUAAUUUCUGGCUAAAAUUCACCAUCAGUCUGAAGAUACUGUCACCUUAACCGUUUGUACAUUUUCAACCCAUUUAGAGGGACAUGUUGGUCAGAGAUGCCAAGCACCUUUCAUGUCUGCUUGUAUCAUGUUUUUAUUAAGAAGUCAUAGCAUUUAAGAAUAAAAAAGAUCCCAUAUUAAA